AUGAGCUUCCUUGACGCAGCAUCCUUCUCAAAGUCAUGGAGUUUCCUGCCCAUCGACUUUGGCGCCCUGAACAACGACCCGUAUCGGUCGCGGAACACCAUUUCCAAUGCGCAGAAUGCGUAUAUCCGCGGCCUUUACAAGGACAGUCGACACAUACAGAAUCUGGGAGAGGGUAGCGUCUUCAAAGUCACACUACGACAGGCAACAAAGAGCUGUCAGCUAUAUGCUCUAAAGACAGCCAAGCUCGACGGACGGUCAACGCUGAGAAAGAAGGGUGAUACCAAAAAGUCAUCUGCUGGCGGGGUAUUUUCCGCGUUGAAAGAGAUCCAAGUCGUCAGCAAUAUUGUUCUGAGAUCCCACCCAAACAUUGUGAACAUUCUCGGAUGGGACUGGUCGAUGGAGCAAAUACCCGUCAUCUUUGUCGAGUACGCAGAGCAAGGCUCUCUGAGAGAUUAUCUUCAAUCCAACGAAGCCACGGUACCAGCUUCGCUCAAGCGGCAAUUUGCUCGCGAUAUCGCUUGCGGACUCAACGCUCUCCACGCCGUUGACAUCGCCCAUGGAGAUGUCAAACUCCUGAACACGUUGGUAUUUGUAAAUGGGAAUAAAGGCCUUAUCGCUAGAAUAUCCGACUUCAGUCAUUCGGUCUUUGGAUUGUCGACGAAACGGAAGUCGACCUAUCCGGGAUCCAGUCGCUACAAUGCGCCGGAGAUUCGGGGACGAGAGACAAUCAUCCUAUCCGACCAACUCGCCCUAUGCGAAGUGUUCUCCUUUGGACUGCUGAUCUGGGAAAUUCUCAAGGACGGGCGACCCUUUUUCGACGGUCUUGACGGGGGCAGCUCUAUUACCACCGGCACUGAGGCAAAGGAAGAUUGUUUCGACUACUUAGGGCUUGACGGGCUUCUACAGAAGGCGCUAAACUUUCUUCCCUUUGCCGGGCUACCCAGGAAUGACACCUCAAUGUUUUACCACAUGUUUCAAAUCACCCUCCGAGAUCGCGCUGAAGCCAGAUCAGAUAUGCAGGUAGUGGCAAUGGCACUGGACCCUUGGGAUGAAGGCAGGAUCCUUCCAUUCACUCCUGGAAUCGCUGUGCAGUCAAUAUUAGUUUGGGAAUUCAACCCUUGGGAUUAUAUAUCAUGGGAGGCGAAAACGAAGUUUGUUUCUGAAAUUCAAGAGAUUUUGGAACAGCCAAUUCAACCGAACCAUGCGGAGCUGCACUUUAUACUCAGCAGAUGCUAUUCUGAAGGUUAUGGCGUCGUGCGGAACAUGAACACCGCUAUCGAGCAUCUUUAUCUGGCGGCCCAACUUGACAAUAUCGAAGCGACCUGCUUGAUUGAACUGUAUGAGGUCCUGUUGUCAUAUUACUCUUCCAAUGGUCGACCAUCUUUAGCUUCUAGCGAAGUCUCUCAGGUCAUCAAACGUAUCAAAAACAGAUGCAUGUCAGCACACACAAGCACAGCAGAUGAGCUCGACGGAAUCGAACCAGCCAGGCAUAUGCGAGAAUGGGUUCGAGUGAAUGGUGACUUUAUCCGACGCCAACCCUUUUUCUGGCAUGAUGGCUCGCGGGACAGGUCCUAUUCAUGGGAUUCAAGUGGCGUGACCCGGCUUUUGGAAAACAUUUCAGAGUAUGGUCAACCAAUAUGUGAUGUGACUGUGUCAUAUUCGUCGCUACUUUCGUCCCUCAACUCGGGGACGUUCUAUGAAGUGGCUGCUGCAAACGGAAUCCCAGCUCUAUGGAAGGCACUCGAACAUAUGGAAACUCUUGGAGGCUAUGAAGACAGCAGCUGGGGGGACUACAAUGAAGUUUGGAGCCGGCUUGUGAACUCGGCUGCGAGCAAUGGCCAGCUUCGACUGCUUCGCCAGCUUAUAGAAGAGGGCCGCAGGCAGAACGUCGUCCAUAGCUCAGCAACAGGAGAGACCCCACUUCAUUUCUUGCCUAUAUUGCAGGAGACUGACCAUGGCCUUUGCACGAUGAUUGAGGAUCUCGUCUCCCUGGGUAUCGGCGUUGACGCACCGAGAACAACUCGGACCUGGCUUCCUCCCUUUGGAAUUGAGCUAUACGGCACUCCGCUCCAUGUGGCUGUGCGGGCUCGAUGCCUGAAGUCUGUCAAAGCUCUUCUGCUAAUGGGCGCUGAUCCCACGGUGUCCUUUGCGGAUAAUCCAUCACCACUACUCCUUGCGUGUACACUACAUCAUCCUGAAAUUGUUGCCUGUCUGGCCAAAUCCAAGAAAGUAUCUUCAAAGGAUAUCAAUGAAGGACUCUGUGCGAUUGGCUUUCCAACUCGGAAAGGCUGGUUUGAGAGGCUGAUUGACUCGCCGAGCUCGUUACGAAAGCCUUCUCCUACGCCUUACAUGCUGUUGCUUUGGAGAUGCAUGCAGACCUCUGCGGCACUUACUGGGCAAAAUGGCACCAGCAAGUCCCCAUUCCUUGUCAAAGACGACCAAAGACUUGCCGAAGGCCUGGCAGAGUCCGUCCGGGGGUUUCAGUACGAUUUCAGACAGAGGCGAUGGGAGCUAGACGGCGAGCCAUUAAUCCAAUCCAUUCGCCAUGGCCAACGAGAUCCAGAAGUCAUAUAUGCGUUGUUAGAGAUGGCCAUGGUUCCAUUUUCUGACCACAGGCGAUAUGGUCUUCUCGCGGCCAUAGUGGAAGGACCUGGAUGCAAGGUGGAUGAUCCCGCUGCUUUACAGUUUCUUCGCAUGGUUCUAGGCGAUAGGAGCUCGGCUCUAGUCAGCCACACAAACGCACCCUGGGCUGACUGGACAAGCGGCUGGCCAGCGUUUUUUCUGACAUACCGAGUGCCAAGCUCCAAGAUUCCUGUUUUCCAUGAUUGGCUUGUGCAGUUACGAGACCAUAACAACAAUACAGCUCUCAACCACGCUAUUGAUAGUGGCUCCAAAGACAUGUAUUUUCUUCUCCGGCCAUACGGAGAAACAAGCAUUGACCAGGAUCUGGAACACGCACGACAAAAGGGACCAAACCGUCUUCUACCCACCUUGGUCGGUAUUGAAUUGGACGAACAAGAGCGAGAGCAUUUAAGGAACCUCGUCCUCCUUACAGGGAAUCACACCCAUGAUGACGACCCACAGGACAUCGCGGAUGCGCUGGAAACCUAUGGCAAUUGGUUCCUAGCUGUAAGCGGCCGCGCCAUGAUGCAAGUUCAAAGCCACCUGCGAGCUAGGGACUCAAUACGGGCUCAGCGAUCAAGGAGAAUGCUUAUGACCUGCGUUCGACUUCGGAUGCACUUCCAAGGGGUUCAAAAUACAGAGCUUGCGAAGGAUGAAGUCGUCGAUGCGGUCGUUCCGACGGCUCUGCGUGUUAUGUACGACGAUGGUUUCACGCAGCUGAUGCCAGAGUGGCUUUUAGACCGAGUCUUGCUUGGAUACGAUGUGAGUGCAGAGCAUGGCAGACGCAAACGUCUGGCCAGCGAGGAGCCAUUCGGUCAGACCAUUCGUCGUGAGCUUGAGAAAACCUUUGGCGUACGACAACAGGACGGGUUUACGACUUCCGACCUCACCGAGCUUUUCCGUUGGCUCAAGGGGGAGCUUAGCCAAGUGCAGAAGAUAUGUGAUGAACACAAAUCCCCGAAUUUACCUUUGCAAUUUCGACGUGACGAACGAUGA